AUGCUUAUGCUACAAAGUCUAAGGCCUUCGUUUUCCAGCCUGCACCCCCUAUUUUCCAGUUGCUCCACCACCCCGGAAGCCAAGAAGCUUCACCUUCUUGAGGCUUCCACAGUUGAGCAGCGGAUUUCCAAAGCAUUCCAUGGAGACGUUCUUGAGGUGGACGAGCUUCAUGUUUUGCAUGCAGCCGAUGGCUUCGUGCUUGUUGGCUCUUCUUCCUAUCCUAAAGGUUUUCUGGAACUAACCAGUGUCCUACCUAGCUCUGCCAAGUUUUACCAAGUGGACAUGCAGCGUUCCAAAUGGGCCAACCUCGCCGGGUUUCUCGUUUCUUCUUGGGAGUGGGCGGGCGUGGGGCUCUACUCCUCUUUAGGGCAUCCAAGCAUCCAAGCAGCGGCGAUGAGCGCCAUGGUCAAGGGCCCCGCGGCGAUGAAUGUGGACGAGCAGCAGCAUGUCCAGCACGGGCCAUCGCUCGUGGAGCAGCUCCAGAAAUCUCACUGUGGCAUUUCCGCGGUGGAUGUCAAGAAGCUCCCAGAGGCAGGGUUUUGUACCGUUGAAGCGGUGGCCUAUUCGCCCAAGAAGGAGCUGCUCAAGAUCAAAGGCAUAAGCGAGGCUAAGGUCGACAAGAUCACUGAAGCGGCGACCAAGCUUGUUCCAAUGGGAUUUACAAGCGCCGCACAAAUGCACGAGCAGCGAUCGGAGAUCAUCCAACUAACAUCGGGGUCCAAAGAACUCGACAAGAUCCUCGAGGGGGGCAGAACUGAGAUCUAUGGAGAGUUUCGGACUGGAAAGACUCAGUUGUGUCAUACGCUUUGUGUAGCAUGUCAGGUAUAUCAUGGAGGUGGUGAAGGCAAAGCAGAUGCUGAAGGCAAAGCAGAUGCUGAAGGAACUUUCAGGCCACAGAGAUUGUUGCAAAUAGAGGAUAGAUAUGGGCUGAAUGGAGCAGAUGUUUUGGACAAUAUUCCCUACGCGAAAGCAUACAACACUGAUCAUCAAUCACAGCUGCUGUUGGAGGCGGCGUCUAUGAUGGCUAAAUCGAGGUUUGCCUUUAUGGUAGUAGACAGCGCGACUGCUCUGUAUCGCACCGAUUUUUCGGGACGCGGUGAACUAUCUGCCAGACAAAUGUACCUUGCUAGAUUCUUAAUAAGCCUACAGAAACUGGCAGACGAGUUUGGAGUGGCGGUGGUCCUGACUAACCAAGUUGUGGCACAAGUCGACGGGUCUGCCGUUUUCGCUGGUCCGCAAGUCAAGCCCAUCGGGGGCAACAUAAUCGCCCAUGCCUCCACGACAAGACUAGCAUUGCAGUAUGGACGAGGGGAGGAACGGAUAUGCAAGAUCGUUUGCUCGCCAUGCUUAGCAGAGCAAGAAGCUCGUUUCCAGAUCUCUGGCAACGGCAUCAUUGAUGUCACAGAUUAAUGCUCCACAGAAAGCUUCAUAAGCUGCUAAACGCUUUCACGUUAAAAUAUAUCCGAUGGUUAUUUUACCGAAUACAACAGCGUACAGUA